GAGAUUUGAUGACAUGUAACGGCGUUGGCCCCAAAAUGACAAUGUAUUUGACCCUCCAUUGGCUUUUUUUCGCAAGCCUUUUGAUAGGGCCUUGGAUACUUUGUCAUCGCAAGUACUUGCACAAUGCAUGCUGCAAGCGCCUUGGCUCAGAGCUCGGUACUUUUCCAACUUUGCCAGCAUUGCUUAGUCGCCGAAUUGACUUACCUGGAGUCGUUCCCCGAGGAAUUUGCCCAGGAGAUCAAUCUGAACACGAAUUUUCAUGUAAAGAAAUUGCCUAUUCCUCGGCUCUUCGCAUCGUAUCUGCCACCUUUUGCUGAAAUAUUUCAAUGGCGGUUUAUGAGUGCUGAGGCACCUAGGCAAUACUUUGUGCGUAUCCAAGUGCUGAUGUUUAGUGGUUGUAUUAUUUUCUUUCUUGCUCACCGGUUUACACAAAUCCCUGCGAAAAUCAUCUAGCUAUGGCUUCAGACUGGUUGCAGUAAAGCCGCCAAACAUGCGAAGUUGAUAGAUCCAAUACCAGAUGGGGGUGCCAACCUUGACUUCAAGUCCCUGGCCAUGCCAGAUCGGCCGGGUCUGCUGUAAAAGAGGGUAGUAUUUAUGUUUAGUUUGUAUGCAAGGUUUGGGGGUUCAUUCAAAUUGAGUGUGUGUGUGUGUGGG